AUGUUGGCGAAAGCCUUUGAGAAGGAGAAGUUGAUUAGGAAGCGGUUCCGAGUCAAGAAGGGCUUGCUGGAUUUCCCGCCUGCUGCGGAGAGGGAUGAUGCAGAUAAGGCGGAGAAUCCUAUAUCCACCAAGGCCAUGGAGAUGAACUGCACGGCUCUUCGGGUGAUGGUAGCGCAUUACAAGGUCUUGAGUGGUAAGAAGGCCAAGGAAGUCCGGGAGCUUUUUGCAAGCAUCCAAAGUCUUCGGGACGAGCAGGCUGACACAGAUGGUGACGAUGGCGAUGACGAUGACGAGGGAGGAGAAGAGGAAGCGGAGGAGGAUGAUGAAGUGGUGGAAGAGAACUCGGAAGGGUAUGAGACAGACGAUGGUGCCAGGAAUCCGGACGAGGCGGAGGACUCGUGCUCGAGCGAGCCUAAGAGCUCCAAGGCGAGUUCCGUGGCCAAGGGUGCCGAUGACGAUGGUUGUGGCGUCGGCGCUGUGGUAUUGGAUUCCCAAGAGGAUGCUCAGGUCCAUAAGGAUCCUUGCUGGCGCUACAGGACGAAAUCGUCUUUGCAGACCCUUCCGAGCACAGUCGCUCUUGGCGCUUCCCCUCCUGUGGAGACGCCGGCUUCCUACGUGGCUGGUCUCCCCACUGAUGCCGAGGAAGAGUUGCAGCGAGUGUUGCAGCAGAUAGCGCUGGAGGAGGGCGGCGGCGACAUGAGUCCGGAAAUUGCUCGUCACGAGCGCUUGCUGGUGCGGAUGGGCACGCCUGAGCAAGCUUCGAAGCCUAAAG